AUGGCAGACGUUGACGAUUUGUUUGGUGCCUUUGAGGAAACAAACGAAGAGGAAUCCGAGUCCAGGUACGCAAUUUUUUUUAUUCCCUAUCACCAGCUUUCGUUGAAGCGUAAUAGCGUUGUCAAGAUAACCUCAGACCUAUCGAGUAUUCAACUAUUUUUCAGGAAAUGCACUGGCGUCAAACGCGAAUUAGACGACGAAGUGAAGGAAGAGGUCGUCGUGAAGAGACUCAAGAUCGAUGCUCUCUUGGAAGAAAUCAAUUUGAAUGAAAUUGCGUCCAGGAUAAACGUACACAGUAUUGAGACCAUUGAAUCUUGCACGCAUGAGGUAGCAGUGCCACCGGAUCAAGAGUACGUCCCUCUGGAGAUAAGCUAUAAAAAACCGGCCAAGGAGUACAAGUUUGUUUUGGAUCCUUUUCAAAAGGAAGCCAUACUUUGCAUAGAAAAUAAUCAAUCCGUGUUGGUGUCUGCUCACACUUCUGCAGGAAAAACUGUUGUGGCAGAGUAUGCCAUUGCAUGUUCAUUAAGAGAUAAACAAAGGGUUAUUUACACAACGCCGAUAAAAGCUUUGAGUAACCAAAAGUACAGAGAAUUUUAUGAGGAGUUCAAAGAUGUGGGUCUGGUUACUGGUGAUGUGACAAUCAAUCCUACUGCCAGUAUUUUAAUCAUGACUACAGAAAUUUUAAGGAAUAUGCUCUACAGAGGCUCCGAAGUAAUGAGAGAGGUAGGUUGGGUGAUAUUUGAUGAGAUUCACUACAUGAGGGAUAAGGAAAGAGGAGUAGUGUGGGAAGAGACGUUAAUUCUCUUGCCGGACAACGUUCACUAUGUAUUCCUUUCUGCUACUAUCCCCAACGCUCGGCAGUUUGUCGAAUGGGUAGCUCAUUUGCAUCAUCAGCCGUGUCAUGUUGUCUACACAGACUACAGACCUACACCUCUACAGCACUACAUCUUCCCUGCCGGAGGAGAUGGGAUUCAUUUGGUAGUUGACGAGUUUGGCCAAUUCAAAGAAGAUAACUUCAACAGGGCAAUGGCUUGUCUUCAAGGUGACGCUUCGAAGGGUGACACAAGAGGCCGCAAAGGCGGUAUGCUCAAGACUAACGCGGGCCAAGCAAACAUAUUCAAAAUCGUUAAAAUGAUAAUGGAAAGGAACUUUGCACCAGUCAUAAUUUUCAGCUUUUCGAAAAAAGACUGCGAAGUUUACGCCAUGCAACUUGCCAAACUCGAUCUGAAUACAGCUGAAGAAAAAAGAUUGGUUGACGAAGUUUUUAACAAUGCCAUGGAUGUAUUGAACGAAGAUGAUCGUAAAUUACCACAAGUCGAGAACGUGUUGCCAUUGUUGAGACGCGGUAUUGGGAUACAUCAUGGUGGAUUGUUGCCGAUUUUAAAGGAAACUGUUGAGAUUUUGUUUGGUGAAGGUCUCAUCAAGGCGUUGUUUGCCACCGAGACCUUUGCCAUGGGACUGAACAUGCCUGCCAGAACAGUAUUGUUUACCUCGUCAAAAAAAUUCGAUGGUAAGGACUUUAGGUGGAUCACGUCGGGAGAAUACAUUCAGAUGUCUGGUAGAGCAGGCCGAAGAGGUUUGGAUGAGAAAGGUAUUGUCAUUUUGAUGAUCGACGAGCAAGUUAACCCUGUUACUUGCAAAGAGAUCGUUCAGGGCAAAGCAGAUCCAAUCAACUCAGCUUUCCACUUGACUUACAACAUGGUGUUGAAUCUCUUGAGAGUUGAAGAAAUCAAUCCUGAGUACAUGCUGGAAAGGAGUUUUUACCAAUUCCAAAACCAGGCUACUAUUCCGGACCUAUAUAACAAGGUAAAACAAAUACAAAGUGAAUACGACGGUAUUAAGUUUGAUAAAUUUCAAGAAAUGACGUCGUACCACGAUGUGAGAGAACAGCUGGAACGCCUUAGUGUUGAGUUUAGAUCGUUCUUGACAAAGCCGGAAUAUUUACUUCCAUUUCUCACACCUGGUAGAUUAAUAAAAAUAAAGAACGAGAAGGAUACGUUUGACUGGGGUAUAGUGGUUAAUUUUAAGAAAAAAAAUCCGAAAAAUCCCGAAAAAGAGACUGCAACGAUCGUCGUAGAUGUCCUGCUUCACGUCUCCAAAGAAUCGACGGAAAAUGCGCCGAUUCCGUGUCCAGAGGGCCAAGAUGGUGAAGUAGAAGUAGUUCCUGUACUGUACACGCUAAUAUCCCAAAUCAGUGCCAUCAGGAUUAAGUACCCAUCAGAUUUGAGACCACCAGACAACAGAAAAAAUGUGUACAAAAUAAUACAAGAAGUGAAAAAAAGAUUCCCAGAGGGUCCACCCCUACUAAAUCCCAUCACAGAUAUGAAAAUUGACGAUCCCGAGUUUAAAGAUAUAAUCAAGAGAAUAGAGACUUUGGAACAAAGGCUGUUUGAGCAUCCAAUGCACAAGGACCCUGAUCUGAAUAGUUUGUACGAACAAUUUUUGGUCAAGGAAGAGGUUUGCAAAAAACUAGUAAAUGCCAAAGCAGAUCUAAAACGCGCGAAAUCCGUACUUCAAAUGGACGAGUUGAAGUGCCGAAAGAGAGUGUUACGUCGAUUAGUCUACUGUACUCCUGCAGAUGUCAUUGAGUUGAAAGGACGAGUGGCUUGUGAGCUGCAUGGCGCAGAUGAACUUUUGAUGACUGAAAUGAUCUUCAACGGUCUGUUUAACUCAUUGACGGUGCCACAGAUGACGGCGUUGAUUAGUUGUUUCGUGUGCGAUGAUAAAUCCAGUGAAAUGCCCAAGAGCAUAGAAGAGUUGAGUGGACCGUUGAGGCAGAUGCAAGAGAUCGCAAAAAAAAUUGCGAAAAUAUCAACUGAGUCCAAUCUUGAAUUGGACGAAGAACAAUACGUUGAGAAAUUUAAGCCGUUUUUAAUGGAUGUUGUGUAUGCCUGGUGCAAAGGUGCAACGUUUUUGCAGGUUUGCAAAAUGACAGACAUCUUUGAAGGUUCAAUCAUCAGAUGCAUGCGACGAUUGGAGGAAGUACUUCGACAGCUAUUACAGGCAGCUAAAAAUAUCGGCAACACUGAUUUAGAAAACAAAUUUAGCGAAGCCAUCAAGCUGCUGAAGAGGGAUAUUGUGUUCGCAGCUUCGUUGUACUUGUAAUUAAGAAAUUUUAUAAAUAUGUACAUUUUUUCAAAGUAUUUUUGAUAAACACGCGUAUAUCAUUAAAUAACGAAAAUUUCAUCAACUCAUUUCAAAGUGAGUUGAUAAUUAAGUUUUAAAUAUCAAAUUUUUUUUCUCGCCUCUUAUUGCGUCAAGACAUUGAUGUUUAUAAAUUACCCCUUGCGUGAAUUGUACUAUUAUGAGUUUUUUUUUACCGUUUAUACCGAUUUGUUGUCCAAUUGACU